GAAGAGCUGUAGGAAUGGUCAUGACUUGAAGACUGAUCACAACCUGAGUGUGCUGAAAACUCAUGGUGUUGACCACCUCACCUAUAGUGAGCUUUGCCAGCUCUUGGUUCAGAAUGACCCCUGGCUUUUACCAGAAAUCUGCCUACAUUACAACAAAGGCGAUGGACCCUUCGGCUCUUGCUCAUUUCAAAAGCAGUGUAUUAAACUCCAUAUCUGCCAGUACUACUUACAGGGAGAGUGCAAGUUUGGCACUAGCUGUAAGCGGUCCCACGAGUUCACCAACUCUGAGAAUCUGGAGAAGUUGGAGAAGUUGGGUGUAAGUUCUGAGCUGGUGAGCAGGCUGCUGUCUACUUACCGGAAUGCAUAUGACAUCAAGAACAAGGGCUCAGCCCUCAACAAAGUGUCCCCUCCUCCUGCAGGUCCACAGGGGACUUCCGAAAGAAAAGACAGUUCAGGUUCUGUGUCACCAAGCGCUCCUAGCCAGGAGGAGAGUGAACAGAUUUGCUUGUACCACAUUCGGAAAAGUUGUAGCUUUCAAGAUAAGUGCUAUCGAGUUCAUUUCCAUUUGCCAUAUCGGUGGCAGUUCUUGGAUGGAGGCAAAUGGAAGGAUUUGGGCAACAUGGAGCUUAUUGAAGAGGCAUAUAGCAAUCCCAGUAAAGAGAGAAUUAUAUACACAGAGUCAGCUGCUGGCUUUCACUUUGAUAAUUUAGACUUUGAUUCCAUGAAGUUUGGUAGUACUGUGGCUCGCCGACUCUCCACAGCUUCUUCAGUCACCAAACCCCCACAUUUCAUCCUCACUACUGACUGGAUUUGGUACUGGUUGGAUGAGUUUGGUUCUUGGCAGGAAUAUGGACGACAAGGCACCGUGCACCCUGUGACCACCAUCAGCAGCAGUGAUGUGGAAAAGGCUUACCUGGCAUUCUGUGUCCCAGGGGCUGAUUCCCAGGCAGCCACCUUGAAGUUCCAGGCUGGAAAACACAACUACGAGUUAGACUUCAAAGCCUUUCUACAGAAAAACCUUGUGUAUGGCACCAUCAGAAAGGUUUGUCGAAGACCCAAGUAUGUAUCUCCCCAGGAUGUCCAGAUGAAGCAGUCCUGCAGUACUAAGUUUCAAGGCCCAAGGAGCAUCCCAGACUACUGGGACCCUGCAGCCCUGCCAGACCCAGGAUUUAAGAAGAUUAUUCUCAGUUCUUCCUCAGAAGAGUACCAGAAGGUGUGGAACCUCUUCAACCGUACACUACCUUUCUACUUUGUUCAAAAGAUCGAGCGGAUCCAGAACCUGGGCCUGUGGGAAGUCUACCAGUGGCAGAAAGGGCAGAUGCAGAAGCAGAACGGAGGGAAGGAAGUAGAUGAGAGGCAGCUGUUCCAUGGUACAAACACCAGCUUUGUGGAUGCCAUCUGCCAGCAGAACUUUGACUGGCGGGUCUGUGGUCUACAUGGCACAUCGUACGGCAAAGGGAGCUACUUCGCAAGGGACGCUGCCUAUUCCCACCACUACAGCAAAUCCGACACCCAUUCCCACACCAUGUUCCUGGCCCGGGUGCUGGUGGGAGACUUCGUCAGGGGCAGUGCUGCUUUCGUCCGCCCUCCAGCCAAGGAAGGCCAGAGCAACGCCUUCUAUGACAGCUGUGUGAACAGCAUGUCCGACCCAACCAUCUUUGUCGUUUUUGAGAAGCAUCAAAUCUACCCUGAGUACCUCAUCCAAUACUCCACUUCCUCCAAGCCACCGGCUGCCCCAUCCAUCUUCGUUGCCCUGGGCUCCUUGUUCACCGGCCGGCAAUGAGUGUGGCAGGGCUUUUGGGGGCUGUUUGGGAAGCAUUUUUUUUUUUUUUUUUUUUUUUUUUUUUAAACAAAACUUUUAAUGAACUCUUACUUAAUGUGGCUUCUCGGUGAAGUUACAUUCUUCUUUCCAUUUUUUUUUUUUCCUCUCCCCUAGUGCUGGGGAUGGGGCUUGUGCUUGCUAGGCAAGCACUCUACCACUGAGCUAAACUCCCAGCCCUUUUAAAAUGUUUUUAUUAUGAGGCAGAGUUUUGCUAAAUUACAUUCUGCCUCAGUCUCCUGAGCAGCUGGGAUUACUGGCCUCUGUUGCCAGACCUGACUUGAAGCUACUAUCUUAAUCCUUAACUUUUAUGUCCUUUUAGGUUGGCUUAUGAUCUCACCAGCAGUGAUUGUGAGCCCAAGUUUGUCUUUUAGUAAUGUUAGUAUUGUAUUUUUAACUCUUUGCUGACUUUGAUGUUUAUUAAUAAUAAGCACAGAAUUUCUACAUAAGUUUUAUGGAUUUUAAUUGUUUAUGUCUAUAUAACAUUUCUGGUUUUGGAGGGUCUUGUGGGUCCAUUGUGCCUUUUUUGUCAGAGCAGCAUCGUGGCCCUUGGGGAAGGAGACUGCAGGGAAGGCCUCGGGCUUCACUGUCACUUUGCCCACUGCUCUGGCACUAACCCAGGCAAUUCUUGGUGUAAAUGAAGCACAACUCCCCCUGACAGGAGACAUAGAUGAGUGAAUGCCCCCUGAAGUCCUGGGCUUGGCCCAUAAUUGCCUGUACCCAAAUCCCAUAAGCAUACCCGACACCUUCCUAUGAGAUGGAGUAACCUGUGCUGCAAAUGUCACAUAAGAGUAUGGCAAUAAAAGACUAUCUAAAGCAGA